AUGAACAGAAAAAUUACUUUUCUCACAGCUUCCCGGUACGGUGGACGAAGUCAGGAAAUGACAAGGAUUACACCGAAAUUUUCACUUGGAUUCAUUGACCUUAAGAAUAUUUUCAACGAUAUUCCGACUGGGUACACGCCAACCAAUGCUCCCGACGAGUCUUUUCGCGACUUUUCCAAGUUGGAAAAUUUAGACACACCAACCCCGUUGGAAAAUCCAGAUACCGAGACAGUUUUCGUCUAUUCCGUCAACACUGGUGCUGCCGAAUCACACGGAUCGAUGGCGACAGAAGCACGUCAGCCCCUCCAUUAUUGCAAGCCGGAACCCUGCUCCGAAAUGGGAUACACAACGACCUUCGGCACAACAGACGGGCUUCUUUUGACCCCACAACAACAACAACAACAACAACAACAGCAACAACAACCCAUCUCCUUUUGCUAUCCGGCUGAUUAUCAAAAUAUGGAACAGAAACCAUGCAUGGUGCACCACCAAUCACGACAUAUACAGAUAACCAGUUCCACACAGUACAGUCCAUCCUGUCCUACUUACACCACACCUCCAACACAAAAUGACUUACGUAGCGAUUCCACCUCUGUUUGCACCUUGCAAACUUGUGCUUCCCUGCCCCCACCAUACGCUUCCUCUCCACUAUCAAACAGCUCGGCGCCAGCCCUGUACACCAACACAACAGAACUCAUUUGCAAUGCAGAUCCUCCAUCCUACUUGGUUCAACAACCGUCCUGUAGAGAAUCUACUCCUUUUGAUCAACUGCGGGUGAUAAGCUCGACACCACCGAGCGACAGAAAUCCUACCGAGGCAUCCACAUUUGCGGGAAAAGCUAAUGCGUCUAUCCACAAUUGCAUGCUAUUCGAUGUGUGUGAGCUCUCACAGCUCAAAAAGGAAGAUAAUACCGGUACAAAGUCACUCAAAUGCGCAAAGGUUUUAGAGAAGGCGUUCCUUUGCGAAUUCCCCAAUUGUAUCAAGCGGUUUGCAAGAGUUGAUGAGUUGAAACGUCAUCAAAGAACACACAGCGAUGUGAAGCAGUUUGUGUGUGAUAUUUGUCAGAAAGGAUUUACUCGUAGUGACCACCUGAUGACACAUCGGCGCACGCACACCGGAGAACGACCAUACCCUUGUUGGUAUUGUGAUCGACGAUUCGCCCGUUCUGACGAAAGGAACCGCCAUGCAAAGGUACACUCCAGGGAGAAAACGGGGCGAUCAAGGAAACCACGCGUUUCCAAAGUGAAAACAGUCACAACCGGCCUUAUUCCGUCAGCUGAAGUACCGACUGUUUGGCUCAAUAACUUGUCACUUAUGACGUAACACAUCAUUAAUGGAGCUCGUGGUUGGAUCCCCGCUGUUUCACCUAGGGGAUGUUAAACGUAAGCAGUAACUGCAAACCUAGCGGAGCAAGCAAACUGCAAGCUUUGGUCAUGUCUUUCAACCUCCAUAUCCGAAAAUGCACCGGCGUUACUGCAUGGAAAUAAACACUAGAUACCUCAACACAAGCGCCCUCAGGGCAAUCGCGACUUCGCCAAACAGCGCAGCAUUUGAAGUGAGCGACAAAGCCUUGAUUUUCCAUCCGACAUAAUACCGCUAUAUCCCUCUUCUCCACCGCCAUAUCGUCGAAUGCACUAUGACUUUCAGUUAUGAAAUAUUUUUCUAUAUGCUGAUUUUGAUUGUCGAAUUCAACAGCACUUUCAACUGACAGAUUUGUCUAAUUUUCAAGAUACCGUCAUCACAAUCGUUUGUAUAGAUUGUACUCUCUUCGAUGAAGUGUUUUGAAACUGAUGGGGAUAUUGGACUUUUGGCAGCCUUGAUUGUUCAUGGAACUAGCAUACAGAAAGCUGCCGGGGAUUCGCUCACGAUAACCACCAGCGAAAAAUGAUUGACUGUGAAAGAACAGUACACGCAUCUCAACUAUAUGGCACAGAUACCGCUACUACUACUAAUAAUAAUGAGUAAUAAAAAUAGCGACAAACAUAAAAUAAA